AUGGCAGUACCAAAGCAGGAGGGCUUGAUACUUUUUGACUUUGAUGAUGAAGAAGAUGAUGAUAUAAACUUUACUGAGAACGCUCUUUCUGAAGAAAAGAGCCCAGCAUUUGACAAGGAUGAGGAUAAAUCAUCUUCUGUAGAAACAGAUGAAGAUAUGGGAGAUGAAAUACACAGUAUGUUGGAUCAAUUUGGAGGUUGGUGGCGAUCCCAACAUUGUACAACUUGUACCACCUUGUACAGUGGAUGCUUUCAUGGGAAGAACAUGUCUGAAGAAACAUCGCAAGAACAUCAUAUAGAUAACUCCAAAUUCAAGUCUAUUCAGGGAGUUGUGACCUCGCUGUGUAAUGACUAUGGCUGGAUUAAUGAAACCAUCUUCUUUAAUAUGAACUUAAUCAGUGACAACAUGCCUCUGAACAUAGGGACAAAUGUCCUUGCACUUGUGGAAGAAAACCCAAGAAAUCAUAUCUUCAAAGCAAUCAAGGUGAAAGCUAUGAAUAAUCUUCCUGAGGGCAGUGAGCCAUCAAAACUUGGCAGAAGGCUUUGUAUCAAAUGUGUCACCUCCGUAACUGAAGACAACAUCUAUAUCAGCAAGGACAUGUUUUUCCCGUUAUGCAUGUUUUCUGGAGGAUUCAGGCCAUUCAAUGGAGAUUUGCUGCUGGUUGAGUAUUCCAUGAACCCGGGCACUUCAAACAUGAAUAUCCACUCUGCAAGCCCCCUCAACUCUCAGAAUAUGGAAGAGGUCUGUGUUACCAGCAUUGAUGGAAGAAAUGGCAUGGUGGAAUCUACCAUUUUUUUUACCCUCGAUUCUCUCCACAUACCUUCUGGGUAUAUACCAGGAUUAUACGACAUAGUGGAUAUUGUUGCUGUGGACACUAUGCAACCACGCUAUUCUUGGAGAGCAGUAUCAAUGACCCCACUGCAAAUGGUGAACUAA